CCCGCAGCUCCGGGGACCUGCAGACAUGGGUUCCCUGUGGAGCUGGUGGACUCUCUGGGCCGGAGCAACCCUCCUGUGGGCCGGACUGUCGGUGGAGCAGCCGUCCUGCCAAGACGUGCAGUGUCCUCCCGGGCAGCAGUGCCAGGUGUCCGGCGGGCAGGCCAAGUGCGUGGCGGUCCCCGUGUCCACCUGCCGCGCCCAGGGUGACCCCCACUACACCACGUUCGACGGCCGUCGCUAUGACAUGAUGGGCACGUGCACGUACACGAUGGCGGAGCUGUGCAGCAGCGACCAGACCCUGCCUGCCUUCAGCGUGGAAGCCAAGAACGAGCACCGGGGCAGCCGCCGCGUGUCUUACGUGGGCUUCGUCACCGUGCGCGCCUACAGCCACUCGGUGUCGAUAGCCCGCGGGGAGGUUGGCUUCGUCCGGAUCGACAACCAGCGCUCGCGCCUGCCCGCUUCCCUGGCCAAUGGCCGCUUCCGAGUGUACCAGAGCGGGAGACAGGCCGUGGCGGAGCUGGACUUUGGGCUGGUGGUCACCUACAACUGGGACUCCCAGCUGGUCCUGAGCCUGCCCGAGCGCUUCCAGGACCAGGUGUGCGGACUGUGUGGCAACUAUAACGGCGACCCGGCUGAUGACUUCCUCACGCCUGACUGGGAGCAGGCUCCUGAUGCUGUGGAGUUUGCCGGUAGCUGGAGGCUGGACGAUGGGGACUACCUGUGUGAUGACGGCUGCCAGGACGACUGUCCUUCCUGCACCGCAGGCCAGGCCCAGCACUAUGAGGGCGACGGCCUCUGCGGCAUGCUCACCCUGUCCAAUGGCCCCUUUGCCGCCUGCCACGAUGCCCUGGCCCCCCGGGCCUUCCUGGAGGAGUGUGUCUAUGACCUGUGUGUGUUCAACGGGGACCGGGCCAGCCUGUGCCGCAGCCUCAGCGCCUACGCCCAGGCCUGUCUGGAGCUUGGCGUCUCUGUCGGGAACUGGAGGUCGCCAGCCAACUGCCCCCUGUCCUGCCCGGCCAACAGCCGCUACGAGUCCUGCGGGCCCGCCUGCCCGGCCACCUGCAACCCCGAGGCGGCGCCGGCCGACUGCUCCGGGCGCCCGUGCGUCGAGGGCUGCGUGUGCCUCCCGGGCUUCGUGGCCAGCGGCGACGCCUGCGUGGCCUCCUCGUCGUGCGGCUGCGUCCACGAGGGCCGCCCGCUCGCGCCCGGCCAGGCGGUGUGGGCCGACGAGAAGUGCCAGCGGCGCUGCACCUGCGACGGCGCCACCCAGCAGGUGCGCUGCAGCGACACGCAGGGCUGCCCGGCGGGCGAGCGCUGCCGCGUCCAGAACGGCCUCCUGGGUUGCUACGCCGACCGCUUCGGGAGCUGCCAGGGGUCCGGGGACCCGCACUACGUGAGCUUCGACGGCCGGCGCUUCGACUUCAUGGGCACCUGCACGUACCUGCUGGCCGGCUCGUGUGGCCAGGCCCAGGCGCUGGCCGCCUUUCGCGUACUGGUGGAGAACGAGCAUCGCGGCAGCCAGACCGUGAGCUACGCGCGCGCGGUCAUCGUGGAGGCGCGCGGCGUGAAGGUGGCCGUCCGCCGGGAGCACCCUGGGCAAGUGCUGGUGGACGACAUCCUUCGGCACCUGCCCUUCCAGGCCGCAGAUGGACAGGUGCAGGUGUUCCGCCAGGGCCAAAAGGCCGUCGUGAGCACAGACUUUGGCCUGACUGUCACCUACAACUGGGAUGCCCAUGUGACUGUCAAGGUGCCUCAGAGCUAUGCUGGGGCCCUGUGUGGGCUCUGCGGGAACUUCAAUGGGGACUCAAGUGAUGACCUGGCUCUGAGGGGCGGGGGCCAAGCGGCCAAUGCUCUGGCCUUUGGGAAAAGCUGGCAGGAGGAGACGAGGCCGGGCUGUGGAGCGACCGAGCCGGGUGACUGUCCCAAGCUGGACUCCCUGCUGGCUGAGCAGCUUCAGAGCAAGAAGGAUUGUGGGAUCGUUGCCGACCCCAAGGGGCCCUUCCGGGAGUGCCACAAAGUGCUGGACCCGCAGGGUGUCGUGCGCGACUGCGUCUACGACCGCUGCCUGCUGCCAGGCCAGACUGAGCCACUGUGUGAUGCAUUGGCCACCUACGCUGCUGCAUGCCAGGCCGCCGGGGUCACCGUGCACGCCUGGAGGAGUGAGGAAUUUUGUCCCCUGGACUGCCCACGCCACAGCCACUACGAGGCGUGUGCCUCCGGCUGCCCACUGUCCUGUGGAGACCUCCCGGUGCCCGGGGGCUGCGGCUCCGACUGCCACGAGGGAUGCGUGUGUGAUGAGGGCUUCGCGCUCAGUGGUGAGUCCUGUGUGGCCCUGCCCUCCUGCGGCUGCGUCUACGCGGGCGCCUACCACCCGCCAGGCCAGAGCUUCCACCCAGGACCGGACUGCAAUUCCCUUUGCCACUGCCAGGAGGGUGGCCUGGUGUCCUGUGAGCCCUCCACCUGUGGCCCGCACGAGGCCUGCCAGCCAUCCGGUGGCAUCCUGGGCUGCGUGGCUGUGGGCUCUGCCACCUGCCAGGCAUCCGGAGACCCCCAUUACACCACCUUCGACGGCAAACGCUUCGACUUCAUGGGCACCUGUGUGUAUGCGCUGGCUCGGACCUGCGGGACCCGGCCUGGCCUGCACCAGUUUGCCGUCCUGCAGGAGAAUGUGGCCUGGGGCAACGGGAAAGUCAGUGUGACCAAGGCCAUCACUGUCCAGGUGGCUAACUUCACCCUGCGGCUGGAGCAGAAUCAGUGGAAGGUCAAGGUGAACGGUGUGGACAUGAAGCUGCCCAUGGUGCUGGACCAGGGCCGGGUCCGCGCCUCCAAGCACGGCUCUGACGUCAUAAUCGAGACUGACUUUGGCCUGCGUGUGGCCUACGACCUUGUGUACAAUGUGCGGGUCACCGUCCCCGGCAACUACCAUAGGCAGCUGUGCGGCCUGUGCGGGGACUACAACGGCGACCCCAAGGAUGACUUCCAGAAGCCCGACGGCUCGCAGGCGAGUGACCCCAAAGAUUUCGGCAACUCCUGGGAGGAGAAGGUGCCCGACUCUCCCUGUGUGCCACCGCCCCCCUGUGAGGAGGACUGUGACCCAGGCACGUGUAAACCCGAGCUGCAGGACAAGUACAAGCAGGAGAAGUUCUGUGGGCUCCUCGCCAGCCCCACUGGGCCGCUGGCUGCCUGCCACAAGCUCCUGGAUCCCCAGGGUCCCUUGGAAGAUUGUGUCUUUGAUCUCUGCCUGGGUGGCGGGGACGAGAGCAUCCUAUGCAACAACAUUCACGCCUAUGUGAGCGCUUGCCAGGCGGCUGGAGGCCACGUCAAGCCCUGGAGGACCGAAUCUUUCUGUCCGCUGCCGUGCCCUCCCAACAGCCACUAUGAGGUCUGUGCAGACACCUGCUCCGUGGGCUGCGCGGCCCUCAGUGCCCCCUCACAGUGUCCGGAUAGCUGUGCUGAAGGCUGCCAGUGUGACCCUGGCUUCCUCAACAAUGGCCAGACCUGCGUGCCCAUCCAGGAAUGCGGCUGCUACCACAACGGUGCCUACUACGAGCCAGGGCAGACGGUGCUCAUCGACAGCUGCCGGCAGCAGUGUACGUGCCACGCUGGAGGAAGCAUGGUGUGCCAGGCCCACAGCUGCAAGCCGGGGCAGGUGUGCGAGCCAUUGAAAGGCGUCUUGAGCUGCGUCACCAAAGACCCAUGCCAAGAUGUGAACUGUCGGCCACAGGAGACAUGCCAGGAGAAGGAUGGCCAGGCCAUUUGCGUGCCCAAAUAUGAGGUCACGUGCUGGCUGUGGGGUGACCCACACUACCACUCCUUCGAUGGCCGGAACUUUGACUUCCAGGGCACCUGCAACUACGUACUGGUGACCACCGACUGCCCUGGGGUCAGCGCCCAGGGCCUGCCACCCUUCACCGUCACCACCAAGAAUGAGAACCGGGGCAACCCCGCUGUAUCCUACGUGAGGCUAGUCACUGUGGCUGCCCUCGGCACCAACAUCUCCAUCCACAAAGGCGAGAUCGGCAAAGUCCGGGUGAACGGUGUGCUAACAGCGUUGCCUGUCUCCGUGGCUGGUGGGCGCCUCUCGGUGACCCAGGGCGCAUCAAAAGCGGUGCUGACAACUGACUUUGGGCUGACGGUCACCUAUGACUGGGAUUGGCGAGUGGAGGUGACGCUGCCCAGUAGCUAUGACAGCGCAGUGUGUGGGCUCUGCGGGAACAUGGACCGCAACCCCAGCAAUGACCAAGCCUUCCCCAACGGCACGCUGGCUCCCUCGAUACCCGUCUGGGGCGGCAGCUGGAGAGUCCCAGACUGGGACCCACUCUGCUGGCACGAAUGUCAGGGGUCCUGCCCGACAUGUCCCGAGGACCAGCUGGACCUAUACGAGGGCCCUGGCUUCUGUGGCCCCCUGGCCCCUGGCUCAGGAGGCCCCUUCGCCGCCUGCCAUGCCCACGUGACCCCGGAGACCUUCUUCAAGGGCUGCGUUCUGGAUGUCUGCCUGGGCGGUGGGGUCUAUGACAUCCUGUGCCAGGCUCUGGCUGCCUAUGCUGCCGCCUGCCAGGCCGCUGGAAUUGUCAUCAAGGACUGGAGGGAGCAGACCGACUGCAUGAUGCCCUGCCCUGAGAACAGCCACUACGAGCUCUGUGGCCCACCCUGCCCGGCCAGCUGCCCGUCCCCCACGCCCCCCACCACCACAGCCCUGUGUGAGGGCCCCUGCACCGAGGGCUGCCAGUGUGACUCGGGCUUCGUGUUCAGUGCCGACCGCUGCGUUCCCCUGGAUGGCGGCUGCGGCUGCUGGGCCAACGGCGCCUACCACGAGGCAGGCAGCGAGUUCUGGGCGGAUGCCACUUGCUCCCAGUGGUGCCACUGCGGGCCUGGCGGUGGCUCGCUGGUCUGCAAGCCUGCCAGCUGUGGGCUAGGUGAACAGUGUGCCCUGCUGCCCUCGGGCCAGUAUGGCUGCCAGCCUGUCAGCACAGCUGAAUGUCAGGCCUGGGGCGACCCCCAUUACACCACCCUGGACGGGCACCGAUUCGACUUCCAGGGCAGCUGCGAGUACCUGCUGAGUGCACCCUGCCACGCACCCCCCGCGGGAGCUGAGAACUUCACGGUCACUGUAACCAAUGAGCACCGGGGCAGCCAGGCUGUCAGCUACACCCGAAGCGUCACCCUGCACAUCUACGGCCACAGGCUGACCCUCAGCGCCCAGUGGCCCCGGAAGCUGCAGGUGGACGGCGAGUUCGUGGCGCUGCCCUUCCAGCCGGACUCGCGCCUGAGCGCGUACGUGAGCGGCGCGGACGUGGUGGUGACCGCGGCCGCCGGGCUCUCGCUGGCUUUCGACGGGGACAGCAACGUGCGCCUGCGCGUGUCUUCGGCCUACGCGGGCGCCCUCUGCGGCCUGUGCGGGAACUACAACCGGGACCCCGCCGACGACCUGACGGCGGUGGGCGGGGACCCGAGCGGCUGGCAGGUGGGCGGCGCCGCGGGCUGCGGGGAGUGCGUGCCCGGGCCGUGCCCGGAGCCCUGCAAGCCCGAGGAGCAGAAGCCCUUCGGCGGUCCCGACGCCUGCGGCGUGAUCUCGGCCACUGACGGCCCGCUGGCGCCCUGCCACUCCCUCGUGCCGCCCGCGGAGUACUUCCAGGCCUGCUUGCUGGACGCCUGCCAGGCUCAGGGCCAUCCCGGGGCCCUCUGCCCCGCGGUGGCCGCCUACGUGGCCCUCUGCCAGGCCGCUGGGGCCCAGCUCGGCGAGUGGAGGCGGCCGGACUUCUGUCACGUCCAGUGCCCUGCCCACAGCCACUACGAGCUCUGCGGGAACUCCUGCCCUGUGAGCUGCCCCAGCCUCUCGGUGCCUGAGGACUGUGAGCCGACCUGCCGUGAGGGCUGCGUCUGCAAUGCCGGCUUCGUGCUCAGCGGUGACAGCUGCGUGCCUGUGGGCCAGUGUGGCUGCCUGUACAACGGCCGCUACUACCCGCUGGGCGAGGCCUUCUACCCAGGCCCUGAGUGCGAGCGGCGCUGUGAGUGCGGACAGGGCGGCCUCGUCAGCUGCCAGGAGGGCGCGGCCUGCAGGCCCUACGAGGAGUGCCGGAUAGAGGACGGUGUCCAGGCCUGUCACCCUACAGGCUGUGGCCGCUGCCUGGCCAAUGGGGGCAUCCACUACGUCACCCUCGAUGGACGUGUCUAUGACCUGCAUGGCUCCUGCUCCUACGUCUUGGCCCAAGUCUGCCACCCGCAGCCUGGAGACGAGGACUUUGCCAUCAUGCUUGAGAAGAAUGAGGCCGGAGAUCCCCAACGCCUGCUGGUUAUCGUGGCUGACCAGGUUGUGGGCCUGACUCAGGGGCCGCAGGUCACUGUGGACGGCGAGGCCGUGACCCUGCCUGUGGCUGUGGGCGCCGUGCGGGUGACCGCCGAGGGCCGGAACAUGGUUCUGCAGACGACCAAGGGGCUGCGACUUCUCUUUGAUGGCGAUGCCCACAUCCUCAUAUCCGUCCCCAGCCCCUUCCGCGGCCGGCUCUGCGGCCUCUGUGGGAACUUCAAUGGCAACUGGAGCGACGACUUUGUCCUGCCCAGUGGCACCGUGGCCCCCAGCGUGGAGGCCUUCGGAGCCGCAUGGCGGGCACCCAGCUCCCUCCAGGGCUGCGGCGAGGGCUGCGGGCCGCAGGGCUGCCCCGUGUGCCUGGCCCAGGAGACGGCAGCCUACGAGAGCACCGAGGCCUGCGGGCGCCUCCGGGACCCCGAGGGCCCCUUCGCGGGCUGCCAUGCCGAGCUGAGCCCCUCCGAGUACUUCCGCCAGUGCGUGUACGACCUGUGCGCCCACAAGGGUGACAGGUCCUUCCUGUGCAGCAGCAUGGCAGCCUACACUGCGGCCUGCCAGGCGGCCGGCGGUGCCGUGACGUCCUGGAGGACAGACAGCUUCUGCCCGCUCGAGUGCCCCGCACACAGCCACUACUCCGUCUGCACGCGCUCCUGCCGGGGCUCCUGCGCCGCCCUCUCUGGCCUCACGGGCUGCACCAGCCGCUGCUUUGAGGGCUGUGAGUGCGACGACCGCUUCCUGCUGUCCGACGGUGUCUGCAUCCCCAUCCAGGACUGCGGCUGCACCCAUGCUGGCCGAUACCUGCCGGUGAACUCCUCCCUGCUGAGCUCAGACUGCAGCGAGCGCUGUUCCUGUUCCGCCAGCGCCGGCCUGACGUGUCAGGCGGCCGGCUGCCUGCUAGGCCGCGUGUGUGAUGUUCAGAGUGGCGUCCGAGACUGCUGGGUCCGCCAGGGUCUCUGUUCCCUCUCCGUGGGUGCCAACCUCACCACCUUCGACGGGGCCCGCAGUGCCAUCGGCUCCUCCGGCGUUUAUGAGGUCUCCUCCCGCUGCCCGGGACUACGGGCGACCGUCCCCUGGUACCGUGUGCUCGCUGGCGUCUGGCCCUGCCAUGGCAAAGAUAAAGCUGUAGGCCAGGCCCACAUCUUCUUCCAGGACGGGCUGGUGACUGUGACCCCAAACAACGGCGUGUGGGUGAAUGGCCUCCGAGUGGAUCUCCCAGCCCAGGUGUUAACAUCUGUGUCCGUGAGUCAGAAUCCCGAUGGCUCCGUGCUAGUCCAGCAGAAGGCAGGAGUCCGCGUGUGGCUUACCACUGACGGGCAGCUGGCUGUGAUGGUCAGCGAUGAGCAUGCUGGGAAGCUGUGUGGCGCCUGCGGAAACUUUGAUGGGGACCAGACCAAUGAUGGGCGUGGCUCUCAGGGGAAGACAGGAGUGGAGAGCUGGAGAGCGCCAGACUUCUACCCAUGUCACGACUGAUCAGUCAUCCAGUCAUCCAGGAAUGAGGACUUCAGGACCUGAUUCCCCUGGAGGCUGCAGUAACUGAAGGAUGCACUGUGUCACUGUGCCCCUACCCUGCUCUACCCCUUUGCUCAGCCACUGAGACCAACUGUGAGACCAUUGAAUAAAUAUCUUAAGCUAAGCAACAUG